GCUUUAGAGCAGCAUGUGGGCUGAAGCGAACCGCACUGAGGAAAGUUUACAAGAGAAAGCCGAACCCUCUGGAAGGACACUCAUGAGUUUUAUUUUUAAUGACGUGACGGCCACACUGAUCCUGGGAGACGGAAAAUGAGGGAAUCCUGCAGAGUCGAAGCUUCCUUCUGAUGCCUCAUGAAAUAAUGUCGCUUUGGGUGCUUUUACCUGUCACUUUGCCUCUCUGCACCAUCUCUGGAGCAUGGAUUGUAUACGCCAUGGCAGUGUAUAACCAGCAUGUCUGCCCUAUAAACAACUGGGUGUAUAACUUGUCCUGUGAGGAGCCUCUGGUGAUGCAGAGUGGACAGUCUCCCUGCUGCACUCUGGAUAACAUCCCUCUCAUCAGUAAAUGUGGUGUGUUGCCUCCAGAGAGUUGCUGGUUCAGUCUCCUCUGCAGUAUUGGAUCCUUUAUGGUGAUGCUGAAUGGUCUGCUGCGCUACGCCCAGGUGAUGGAGCAGCAGAAGCAGGACAGUGUGUUGAACAUGAUGGGGCUCUGCUCUGGUUGGCUUUGUGCUGCAGGACUCAGCAUGGUGGGAAACUUCCAGGUGGACUUUGCCAAGGUGCUGCACUAUGUGGGAGCGAUUUUGGCCUUCCCAACCAGUCUGCUGUUCGUGUGUGUACAGACGAUACUGACUUACCGUCUGGCAAAAACACACACACACUGCCGAACCGCCCACCUCCGCCUGACGCUCACCCUGCUCGCCCUGAUCACACUCCUUCUUUGUGGCGUGUUCUUCCCGCAGGACAGUUUUACCCUGCAGCACUCCGCCGCUGUGUGCGAGUGGAUCUUCGUCAUCGCCGUGUUGCUUUUCUAUGGCACGUUUUUCGUCGAGUUUCGCUUGGUGUCUUCACACACUUUGGUGGUUCUGAUCCAGAGAGGACAGCAACAAGAUCUUUCUCAGAACGAGUGUAAACAAGAGAGGGCUUAAUCGCCGCCUAAUCCGAGUUUCCGACUCGGAUUAGAUCGAUUUGUCCAACAGGAGACACCAGCGAGAGCUGAAGGUUGAUGAAUAAACUGUGUAGAUGAUCAGCUGCGUUUCUGUUAAACUCUUCUUGGACUGGACUGGCGUGAUGGUGCAGUUUAUUCCCUGGUAGACCUGGAGAACUCAAGUCUUGGGUCGAUGAUAAAGUACAGCAUUUAUCUGCAUGAAAGUACUGAAUUCUUGAGUUUUGAUAUAGGAUGUUAUGUAUCACAUUCUUUACGCAACUGUUUUGUGUAAUAUCCAGUGUGGACGAUAAAUGUGUAAUCUGGUGUUCCGGGAAAACCCGUCUGAAGUUCUUCCUGCCUGUAGCGUACUGUACAUCUUUAUGUAACUAAAUAUAUAUUUCACCUGGAAAUAUUUGUAUUUACUUUCUAACCUUACCCCAGUGUCUGUAAAGAUGUUGACUAAGGAGCUGGUUUAACAAACCUAACGGUACACAUGCUGCCUUCAAGUUCUCCUCAGAAAUUCGUGCAUACGUGUUCACAGGUGGUGA